CGAGUUACCCCGAAUAUUACAACCCUCCCAGAUAUCCAAUCUGAUCCUACAGGAUCCAUGAGAUAAGGCCGUUUAUGCUCUCAGUCCCCAACCAUGGCCGCAGGCAUUAUUUAUAAGUUUCGAUAUUCCGGCCUCCCAGACCUUCCCUCCCAUCGCAACCUAUCCGUGCUUCAUCUUCUCUACUCUGUUUCUCUUUCUGUCUUAUCCUGUCUUGCCCUGUCUUGUCAUCUUGAAUGAAAAUGACCAAGUCUACCGAGGCCGGCUCCGGCAACAGGCCGGACAUCGAUGUCGACGCAGCCAGUAUAGAGGGUACCGCUGUGGACGUCGACAAGGGCCAGGUAGCCUAUGAGGAUAAGAGCGUUGAUCCAGCUCUCAGGCUGACCGGCGGCGUGGUCGUCGAGUUUACGCCGGAGGAGGAAAAGAGUGUACUAAAGAAUAUCGACUGGCACAUGCUGCCGCUGAUGUGCUGGGUGUAUAUGAUCCAGUUCGCGGACAAGACGACCCUCAAGUAUGCGUCGCUGAUGGGGAUUCAGGAGGACACGAAGCUCGUCGGGAAUCAGUAUAGCUGGGUGUCGAGUAUUUUCUACGCGGGGUAUCUUGCCUGGGAAUUCCCCACCACAUACCUCUUCCGCCGCCUCCCCGUGGGCAAAUACACCGCCAUCAACAUCGUCUGCUGGGGCGUCGCGCUCUCCUGCCACGCCGCAACAACAAACUACGCGGGCCUCCUCGCCGUCCGCUUCCUUCUGGGCGCCUUCGAAGCAACCGUAACCCCCGCCUUCGUCCUCAUAACCUCCAUGUGGUUCCGGCAGGGCGAGCAGGGCCGCCGAAUGGGCUACUGGCUAUCCUGCAACGGCGUCGCGCUGAUCCUCAUGGCGUUUAUCGGGUACGGUCUGUCGGCGAUUACAUCGGCGCACCUGGCGCCUUGGCGGAUUCUUUUCCUGCUCUUGGGGCUCAUCACUGUUGCGACGGGCGUCGUGUAUUUCUGGUUCCUCCCGGAUAACCAGACGAACGCAAAGUUUCUGGACGAGCGCGAGAAGCUCAUUGCCGUCGAACGCAUCCGCGAUAAUUUCCAGGGGAUCGGGAGUCAGGUCUGGAAAUGGAGCCAAUUCCGCGAAGCAUUCUGCGAUCCGCGGACGUACCUGUACGUGUUGUUCUCGGCACUCAUGAAUAUCCCGAAUGGGGGUAUAACAACGUUCGGCUCCCUCGUGGUCAAAUCCUUCGGCUUCGACGCCCGCACCGCCCUCCUCCUUGACGGACCCUCAGGCGCCUUCGACAUCGCAGGCAAACUCAUCUUCACGUACUUCUCCGACAGACUCCUCGACCGCACCUCCAUGGCCUUUGUCGCGAUCCUCAUUGCCAUGAUCGGCAGCAUCCUCAUGAUCGUCGUCCCGCAGGAUAUCAAACCCGUCCUGCUCAUCGGGUACUACAUGAUCUCCGUCGCCGGCGCAUCCUGGGGCUUAGUCAUGACAGCCAUCUCGAACAAUACCCUGGGGUACACGAAGAAAGUAACCGUCAACGGGCUCCAGAUCCUCGCGUACGCCGCGGGAAACUGGAUCGGGCCGCAGACGUUUCGCGCGGAUGAUGCGCCAGAGUAUCGACGGGGCAAGACGCUUGUGGCGAUUAUGUAUGGACUUGCGGCGGGGGUGUUGAUUGUCAUUCGGGUGGUGAAUAUGAGGGAGAAUAAGAGGCGGGAUCGGGUGCAGGCGGAGGAGGGGGUUGAUUUGGAGGACGAGGGUGUUCGGGCGGAGAUUGAGAGGAGGAAGUUUAUGGAUCUGACGGACUUUGAACAGCCGCACUUUAGGUAUAUUUUGUAAGGUUCUCUGGGGAAUAUCUCGGAGAGUACCUAUACGUGCUCAGCGUGCCUGUAUAAGAAGGGAUGGGAGGAUCUGUCUUGCUCUCUAUGGAUUUAUCAAGGUACAAAUAUAUGCUUGACAUAUCCCAGCGCUAUACACCAGAAACAUUAAUGCUGAUUGAGAGUACCAUCAAUUGGCCUCUAAUCCAAAGUGGAUGUCUAUGUCGUAUAGUUACUAUAUGAGAGCCGAUCUAGGGCUAACGGAGUGUGGAGGGAACCAUUAGCCAUUCUGAGUGUCUUGGAAUUCAGGAG